CGGCGACCAUCCAUCCCCCCUCCCCUGUUUCGGCAUUCCGCCACGCUAGAUCGGGCCCUCUUUCCCCUUUCUCCUCGUCCUCCCAUUUCCCGUUCCCACGCAGGAGAGGGGCGACGAGACGACGCGAGCUAGGAUUCCGGCGAGCCCCCCCGCCCCGAUCUGACGGCCGCGGCGGCGGCGAUGACGACGCACGAGCGGAAGACCGUCGAUCUGGAGGAAGGCUGGGCCUUCAUGCAGAAGGGCAUCACCAAGCUCAAGAACAUCCUCGAGGGCAAGCCGGAGCCGCAGUUCAGCUCCGAGGACUACAUGAUGCUCUACACGACGAUAUACAACAUGUGCACGCAGAAGCCCCCGCACGACUACUCGCAGCAGCUCUACGACAAGUACCGCGAGUCCUUCGAGGAGUACAUCUCCUCCAUGGUCUUACCUUCAUUAAGAGAGAAGCAUGACGAGUUUAUGUUGAGGGAGUUAGUAAAGAGGUGGUCAAACCACAAAGUGAUGGUUCGGUGGCUAUCACGGUUCUUCCAUUACCUUGAUCGGUAUUUCAUUUCACGGAGAUCGCUUCCAGCAUUGAGAGAAGUUGGGCUCAGUUGCUUUCGAGAUUUGGUAUAUCAAGAAAUCAAAGGGAAAGUAAAAAGUGCAGUCAUUUCCUUGAUAGACCAAGAACGUGAGGGUGAACAAAUUGACAGGGCUCUGUUAAAGAAUGUCUUGGAUAUAUUUGUUGAGAUUGGCUUAGGCAGUAUGGAAUGUUACGAGAAUGAUUUUGAAGAUUUCUUGCUGAAGGAUACUGCAGAUUACUACUCUAUCAAGGCCCAAACCUGGAUCGUGGAAGAUUCUUGUCCUGACUAUAUGUUAAAGGCCGAGGAGUGCUUGAAGAGGGAGAAGGAACGAGUUGCUCAUUAUUUGCAUUCUAGUAGUGAACCGAAGUUAUUGGAGAAAGUGCAACAUGAGUUGUUAACGCAGUAUGCAAGCCAACUUUUGGAGAAGGAGCAUUCUGGAUGCCAUGCAUUACUUCGUGAUGACAAGGUUGAGGAUCUCUCAAGGAUGUACAGGCUCUUUUCUAGAAUAACUCGUGGUCUAGAACCUGUUUCUCAAAUUUUUAAGCAGCAUGUUACCAAUGAGGGGACAGCAUUGGUGAAACAAGCAGAAGAUGCUGCUAGUAAUAAGAAGCCAGAGAAGAAGGACAUUGUUGGUAUGCAGGAACAGGUUUUUGUCCGAAAAAUCAUUGAGCUCCAUGACAAGUAUGUAGCAUACGUCACUGACUGUUUCCAGGGGCAUACCCUCUUCCAUAAGGCGCUUAAAGAGGCUUUUGAAGUGUUCUGCAACAAAGGUGUCUCUGGUAGUUCAAGUGCUGAAUUGCUUGCCACCUUCUGUGAUAAUAUUUUAAAGAAAGGCGGCAGUGAAAAACUCAGUGAUGAAGCUAUUGAGGAUACCCUGGAGAAGGUAGUGAGAUUACUCGCCUACAUCAGUGAUAAGGACCUUUUUGCUGAGUUUUACAGGAAGAAGCUGGCUAGGAGAUUGCUAUUUGACAAGAGUGCUAAUGAUGAGCACGAAAGAAGCAUUCUGACCAAGCUAAAACAACAGUGUGGUGGCCAAUUUACUUCAAAAAUGGAGGGCAUGGUCACCGACCUUACUGUUGCAAGAGAUCAUCAAACUAAGUUUGAAGAGUUCAUAAGCACACACCCUGAAUUGAAUCCUGGGAUAGACUUGGCGGUCACUGUUCUGACAACAGGAUUUUGGCCAACUUAUAAAUCAUUCGAUAUAAACCUUCCUGCUGAGAUGGUGAGAUGUGUCGAGGUUUUCAAAGAGUUUUAUCAAACAAGAACUAAGCAUAGAAAACUUACAUGGAUAUAUUCCUUGGGAAUCUGCCAUAUCACCGCAAAGUUUGAGGCCAAGACUAUCGAGCUCAUUGUUACAACUUACCAGGCUGCAUUGUUGCUACUGUUCAAUGGAGCUGAUAAACUUAGUUAUUCUGAGAUAGUAACGCAACUGAACCUGUCAGAUGACGAUGUAGUGAGGUUGCUCCAUUCUCUCUCUUGUGCGAAAUACAAGAUUCUUACUAAAGAACCAAGUAACAGAUCUAUUUCUCCUAAUGAUGUAUUUGAAUUUAAUUCAAAAUUUACUGACAAGAUGAGGAGAAUUAAGAUACCUCUGCCUCCAGUUGAUGAGAAAAAGAAGGUAGUUGAAGAUGUUGACAAGGAUCGAAGAUACGCAAUUGAUGCAUCCAUUGUUCGUAUUAUGAAGAGCCGCAAAGUCUUGGGUCACCAGACACUAGUAAUGGAGUGUGUGGAGCAGCUUGGUCGCAUGUUCAAGCCCGACUUCAAAGCAAUUAAGAAGCGCAUUGAGGAUCUUAUAACCAGGGAUUACCUGGAGAGGGACAAGGAGAACCCGAACGUCUACCGAUACUUGGCUUGAUCAUCGGUUCUCCAUGCUGGGCUCGGUAACAUCUUGCGUGUAUGCCUACCAAGCUACUGCUAUUUUAAGGAUGCUAUAUUUUGUGCCAUGGCACACCGCAUUGGCUUGUCCAGAUGGAUAACCUGGUGGCAGCACCGACAUCUGUCAUUUGUACAUGAAGGUCGUCAGAUCCAGUUCUUUGGCCCUACCUGUAUGAUAGAACUGCUCUGGUAAAAGAGAAGGUGGUUCGUCGGGGCAGGCCUUGGUAAAUGUUGUACACUCCUACUGGUUGUUGUGUUCAGUUUUUUCGAUUGUAUUAUCAAUAUAGUUUUCCUGUAAUAUAUCCUUGCGACACAAAGAUAAUUCAAAGGGAUGUAUCUCUUGCUGGACCACCUUCGGCUGUGUAAUUUCUGUAGCAGCGGCAAGAGACUGUAUUGUGACUUCACAAGGAUUUCAUAUAAAGAGAUGAUGAUAGAUGUCAAAA